AUGCACCUCAACUCAAUGGCCGAUCGCUCUUUCAACGACAUCGCUCAAUACCCCGUGUUCCCCUGGGUCAUCCGUGACUACGACAGUGACGAGCUCGAUCUAGAGUCCGAGGAGACGUUCCGCGAUCUCUCGCGUCCGAUCGGAGCCCUCAACGAGGAGCGACUGGCGCGGCUCAUCGACAGGUAUCACACAAUGGAGGACCCCAAGUAUCUCUACGGCACACACUACAGCACACCUGCCUACGUCGUCUACUACCUCGUUCGAUCAGCUCCUCAACACGCUCUCAGGGUGCAUGGCGGGAAGUUCGACCAUGCUGAUCGAGCCUUCGCCAGCAUCAAGGGCACAUGGGAGAUGUGCCUGACCAACAGCGCGGACGUGAAGGAACUUAUCCCGGAGUUCUUUCAGUCUCAGGGCGACUUCCUCCUGAACCGACUGGAUCUCGAUCUCGGCGUCCGGCAUGAUGGCGAGCGUCUCCAUGAUGUUCAGUUGCCACCAUGGGCAUCUAGUCCCAAGGACUUCACGCGCAAGAAUCGACAAGCGCUGGAGAGCAAGUACGUCUCAGAGCACCUCCAUCAUUGGAUCGACUUGAUCUUCGGCUUCAAGCAGCAGGGCGAAAACGCUAAGAUGUCCUUCAACGUCUUCCAUCCCUUGUCGUACGAGGGUGCGAUCAACCUAGACGACAUCAGAGUUGAGAGUGAGAGGAUCGCGUGCUUGGAACAGAUCUCUGAGUUUGGUCAGAUUCCGAAGCAACUCUUUGCAUCCCCGCACCCCAAGCGACGAGGCCCCAUGCUCCGUUCGAUCCCAUGGAGAUCUGACUCGGACCAGGAAAGUGAGAAUUCACGGACAUAA